AUGCAAGACAAAUCCUGUAUGUCUAAUACCAUGAGUGAAGUUAACAAAUCAUCAAGGCAGUUGAGAAAGUGUCCUACUCCACGCCAACUUGUUGACGGGUCUGAUGGGGAGGCUAACUCUGAUGGCAACAACUCAGCUGAAGUUCAUACUCAUAGUCCCUCCAAUGGAGAUGAACUAUAUGAUGGUGAUGAAUAUAGGACACGGAAUUCCUCACAGAAGAGAAGUACUCCAAGAAAGUCAGAAAGACCAUUGGCUAAGAAACAUAAAGAAGAAAGGAAGAAAGAAGCCAAUAAAGCCUCUGAAAAAAGUACUGGAGAACCUUGCAAGAAGUUCUCUCACUCUACUCAGCAUGGCAAAAGAUGUGUGGAUAAGGUUCUGCUUCAAACCCCAGAGGAUGAAAUUGACUAUCGAAAGUUGCGCAUUAAGGAUCUAAUUCUUCUUGCAGAAUAUAAGGAGCGUUUAACGGUCAAAAAGGCAAAACCAUCAAAAGCUAAUUCAAAUAAUUACAGUGCUGACAAAUCAACUCAAGGAGAUGCUUCUCAUAAGGAAGGUGACAGUUUUCCUUCUGACCAAGGAAAAGACUCCACUAACGAAGCCAGCAGUAGUGCUCAACCAGCUCCUCUUUUGUUCAAUUGCCAGUCUUUCAUGGAGAAAACACCUCGCACUAGGUGGUCAAAGCAAGACACUGAACUAUUUUAUGAGGGUAUAAGGCAAUUUGGAACGGAUCUCUCAAUGAUUAAAGAACUCUUCCCCAAAUUGACACGCCAGCAAAUAAAGUUGAAAUUUAAGAAAGAAGAACGUCAAAAUCGGUUAAGGUUUUCUGAAGCUUUGGACAGCCGUGCAAAAGAUCAUUCUCAUUUUGAAUUGGUGAUUGAGCGUCUCCAAGCUGCUGCUCAGGCAGGGAAAGAAUCAAGUAAAGAUGUUUCAGCAAGCAUGACGGCUGAGGAAGAGGAUGGGGAGUCAUCACCUGAAACCAAUGAGGAAGCAGAAAAGCCUGCAGAAAAGCCUGAGAAAGAUGAGGAAGUAGGAGAUGAAGAUGGUAAAGGUGAUGCUGAAGUUCGUGAUAAGUCUGAUGAAAGUGAUGAUGACCUUUUCAAUUGCUUGGGUUCGUACAAAAGGGAAUUCUAAAUAUUUUGGUUGUUUCUAACCAUAAUUGUUGGCGAACUUUGCUCGAUACACGGAGCGGCUCAUUUUUGUCCGUAACUUGUCAUAGUUUCAAAAAUUAUUUUGAUUUGAUAAGAGGGAAUCUUAUAAUUGCCGUUAUUUAGAGUAUGUGAUCUAACCUUGCUAAUGUAGAAUUGAUACUUUGGUCUAGCAA